AUGGCCACGGGAAAUAAUGAUAUGAUCAUCUCCCUGGAUCACUUUGCAGAAGAACUCAACACUAUUAACUGCGAACCUGACGCAAGAAAGCUCACGUUGACUUUUGAUAACAAAGAAGUGUACGAUAACUCGGUUGAUGAUUGGGAAUGGGUCAAUUUCGAAACUGAACGAACAUUUAUCAUGCUUGUAAACGGCUGCCAGGAGAAACCGGAAACGAUAGAGCCAUGGGUCAUAAGCAAUGCAACCUACGACGAUGCUCAUUUCACUGUCGUUUUUGCUGGCGAACGGAAAGAAUGGGCCGAACUACCCAACGAAUACACCAUCGACUUCGAGCCGGCAGAGCACCCAGCUGAUGUUGCCGCAAGACUUGCACGUAGAUGGGACCCUAUCGGAUGGGUUAAAGAUAAGGCCAACGAUGCAAAAGAAGCAGCUGAGAAACUUGCAAAGGAAGCUGAACAGAAAGUCAAGGAUGCUGCCAAUAAGGUUGCCGAGGAAGCAAAGAAUGCGCUCAGUGCCGAAGGAGACCUUGAUUUCAAUAUUCCCAUGAAAGUUCCAUUCCCUUCAACAAUCGUCAAGAAAGAAGAACAAAGUGGAUUGACAUUCGGCGUUGAAUGCAAGGACUGUGGAAUGCAGGGAGGUAUUGACGUUAAGGGACAUAUCAAGGUUGCAUUAGCGUCAGACGACAAAGUACCGGAAUUCUACAUAGACAUCAUGCCCAAAGGCCUUCGUGCCGACAUCAAUCUAGAGCUGGAUGUUGCUGGAACUUUGGAUCCCAAUACUCCAUGGACAAAAGAAUUACCGUUUCCGGAUGCACCACUUCCUGGCUUUGGUAUUAAAGGUAUUGCAGAGCUUGGUCCGGUGCUCGGUUUGAAGGCCGGAAUCAAAUUGACCAAGGUCAAGGGGACCACGCUCAUCAAGACUGGUGUAGCAUUCUUGGUCAACGAUGAUGCGAAGACUAGACUCAAUAUCGUCAAGGGAAAGGAUGGAGAGUCCAAGGACUGGAAUCCAAGGUUGGAACAGAAAGACCCUGAGUUGAACUCCCCAGUUGAUGGGGAAUUUGAAACCUACCUUUUAUGGGACUUGGGUAUUGAAGCAUCGAUCAUGAAGAAUAAAAUACCAGGAUUAAAUAAACUUGGCCUUACAUUAGGUGCUGGUUUGACAAUGAAGGCACCUAUGAUAACCCUUAAAACGGAAGCAACAUUUGAAAACGAGGGUGCGUGCAACACGACAGACAAUUACGCAGUCAAUCUUGCCAUGGGUAUGGGGAUAGAUGUAGGAGCUCGAGCUUACUAUGGUAUGCGUGGGCAAAAGGAAGAGGAGUUCUGGAAGAAACAAAUCUUUGCAAAAGAUACUAAGGAUAUGGGCAAGUUUUGUAGGUCCUUCAAAGACGGCCCAGAGCCGAAAUUUGAUAUGCCAACAAAGGGAUCUCCAAAGGGUGCUAAAGAGACUGGAACUUCGGACGAGGAUGCUACGGGCACUACAGAUGAAAAGGGUGCUGCUAGUCAGACCCCAGCGCCUGGAGAGGAAAACUCCGAGGAACCCGACGAUAAAGAAGCUGAUCCUAAAGAUGAAGAGGCUGAACCUACUGACGAAGAGGCCGAACCAACGGAUGAAGAGGCUGAACCUACUGAUGAAGAGGCUGAGCCUACGGACGAAGAAGCUGAACCUACGGAUGAAGAGGCUGAACCUACGGAUGAAGAGGCUGAACCUAAGGACGAAGAAACCGCCCCUGAGGACGAGGAGGCCGAACCUAAGGACGAGGAGGCUGCACCUAAAGACGAGGAAGCUGAACCAGAUAAUAAGGAGGCCGCACUCGAAGACGAUGAGGCUGCUCCAAAGGACGAAGAGGAAGCCCCCGAAGACGAAGCUGCCCCGGAAGAUGAGGCAGCUCCUAAAGACGAGGCGGAAAAGCCGCUUGCUCGUAGAUUCGCUAGGGGGUAUUACAACUAA